AUGCGCAUUGGUUCUCGUGACCUGCAAGGGCGGGUUAGGGUUACCAUGCCUGCGGUCCAUGAAGACCCAGCUGGCCCCCUGAUAUUCCGCACAUCAGGCCAGCUCCCGUAUCCUAACCCAGCUAACCCCCAGCUGCCAUCAAACAUCUACCCCCGCAAAGUGACGCUUCGGGACCGCGUAACUGCUGCCACCCUGGUCCCUUUCUCUUCGCCAUCAGAUGUGCCCCUUUCCCUGCUGGCGUACCUAUGCGACCAGCUCAACAAGGAGAUCGAAAUGGGAGACACAUAUCCGAUGAUCGAUCCUAUACCGCUGGACUCCUUUGGGCCCUAUUGGUUUUCAAAUUUUGGUGCUGUGAUGUUACUGGGCAACAUCAACAGUGUCCGUGAUGUCCAGGGGAUGGGGAGGAUGGGAACUGAUUGGAGGAAGAUUUGUCUGGGGAGCUUCAAUAUCAAGCCUAAUUACCCCGGGCGGAGCAGUCAUGUCUGUAACGGCACAUUCCUCGUCACUGAUGCGUCGCGGAAUAAGGGAGUAGGCCGGCUGAUGGGUGAGGGUUACUUGGAAUGGGCCCCCUUGCUUGGCUAUACCUAUUCUGUUUUUAACCUUGUCUAUGAGACUAAUGUGGCAUCUUGUCGAAUAUGGGAUGCCUUGGGGUUUAAACGCAUUGGCAAAGUCCCAGGGUGCGGGAACCUGAAAUCACACCCAAACCAACCCGUUGAUGGGAUCAUAUAUGGACGAGAUUUAGGCCCCGAAGGGGAAGACUUUGUGUCAGAGGAGCGUUUUGAUAAGAUUCGAUAUUAUCUAAAGCAUUCGAAAUAUCCAAGUGGCGCAGACCGCGCGGAGAAGAGCCGUCUGAGGAGCGCUGCAACCCAUUAUAAGCUGGUUGGUGGGCAAAAUGGUGGGCCAGAGAAGUUGAUGCUAAGGGAUAAAGAGGUGGUGUCGGAUCCCCAGCAACAGUAUGAGAUAGCCCGUCAAAUCCACCUCCAGCAACAUGGGGGCAUCAACAAGACAACAGCAACCAUUGCGUUGAAGUAUCACUGGGUCAGGAUCAAGGAAACAGUCAGCAUGGUUAUCAAGAACUGCCCGCAGUGUAAGGAGACCCCCAAGGCUCCCCUGGCAAACUCCAACUCCACCCCCAACUCCACCUCAGAGAACCCCUCUAUUCUUCCACGAGGGGAAAAAUCACCCGGCUCGGCGGAGCAGACGUACAUCCUACCCACAAACGGCUUCGAUACACCACCCCACGACCAACUCAUCUCGGACCAGCAGUACGAUAAAGACAACCCUUUCGCCACCUCUACGAACCCCACCGCCCAUCCCCAAAUGAUACAUGGAACCGUUGACCCAAUGUCAGACUACACCAACAUUCCACUUGACCCACAAAUUAUGGACGACAUACAACAACACCUGCCAUCCUUCCAACACCACCACAGCACAGUCGAUCCGUACGGUCCAGGUAGCAGUCUUCAUGAUCCCCAUGCCCAUUCCCACACCCUGCAACAUCAUGACUUUGGCCCUACCUCCAUGCAACAGCAGCACCACAGCCAUAACCACAACCACCACCCCAGUCACCAUCACCAUCAACAACAUAGCCAUUCAAACGACUACCAUAUCGUUGAGGAUGAAGAUGAAGAUAUGGUUGAGCAGGCUGCGGCAGUACUGCGGGAGCAGUCGAUGCGGUUGGUGGGGACUGCGCAGAUGAGUAACGAAGCACAGUUGCAUCAUGAGUUGCUUAAUGCAGCGUUUGGAGGGGUGGAUGAGGCGCAUUUUCAUCAUUGA